UUCCUCAGUAGCCGUUGCCAGCUUUCAUCUCUCUCUCUCUAUCUAUAUAUUUAUGAUCUCGUUCACAUUUUAACUUGCUGUUCCUCCUUUCUUUCACAUACUCUUUCUUCCGUUCUCCUACCCAUACAACUGUACGUACGUCUGUGUGAUGGACUGCUUGGUCUUGCCGGUCUCCAUAUGGAAGAGACGGUCAGCGUCGCGGCUGGGCUACCGGGAGCUCUCUGACGAGGGGUUGGAGGAGGCGGUGACAGUGGUGGUUGGGAAGGAGGAGAGGGAGUUCCUGGUGGAGCCCUUCGUUUUGGAGGAGAGCCCGUUUCGGGUGUUGUUGGAGAUGGUGAGGAAGGAGAAUAAGGAAAAAAUGGGAGGGAGAGGGGAGAAGGAGAAGAAGGAGAAGAGAGUUAUAUAUGUGGACGUGGAUUCCAUACUGUUUGAGCAUAUGCUUUGGUUGAUGUAUAAUGAUUGUUCUUCUCUCUUUCAGCUUAAUCUUAGGGAGAUCAUUGAUUUCUAUGCUCAAGAUAAUUAGAUACAGCCAUGGAGGUAUCUCUUUCUGCAAGUUUUCCCUUUGUAAAAUACACCCCUUGAUCAUCCCAUGUAAGCAAAUAAUUCCCAUCAAUAUAUACAGUAAUGUUUUGUUUUUUCA